AUGGAGAAAUGGCUCCUUCAGGAAAAGCGCGCCUGCAGUGCCCAUACACAUGUGGUGGCGGCGCACGGCGGGGUGGACGUGCUGGUGAACAAUGCGGCGGCGAGGGCCAGGAGGGGCGGGGGGGUGCUGGAGGGGGAUCCCGAGGAGUGGGACGAGAUGACCGCCAUCAACCUCAUGGCGCCCAUGCGUCUCACGCGGCGCCUCGCACCCGCCAUGGUGGCCCGGGGCGGCGGCCUCAUCAUCAACAUCGCCUCCAUCGCCUCGGUGGACCCCCUGGCCUACGUGUCCUGCUACAGCGCCACCAAGUUCGGACUGCGUGGCUGGUCGCUGUGCUGUCACAGGAGCCUGCGCGAGCACGGCGUCAAGGUCGUGUGCGUAAACCCCGGAGUCGUCAGGACGGGCGCGGUCAUGUCGUUGCCAGGAUUCGAAGCCGAACACAUGAUGACUCCAGACGACGUCGCGGAGGCAUGUCUGCUGCCCCUGAGGACGGGCGGGCAGUGCGUCCCGGAAGAGAUAACGCUGCGCAACUUGCAUGACGCGGCACCGUUCAUGCGAGAGUCGCCGUGA